GCAGAAAUAGGAAGUUGACGCUAUAAGUAAGACGCUAUGUCAGAGACGAACAGGGUCCAUUUUAAAAGUCCUGUUGAAGAUGAUACGUGUAGAACUUUUAGUUCUCUCUCUCCUAACAGUCUUAUCAGUGGUGAUGGGAGAUACCAUUGGCUACCUGGGAGAGUCUGUCACCUUAUCCUCUGGAGCCAAUCCAUCCUGGCACAUCACCAAGAUAACGUGGUCCAUAUACAACAACGACACCUGGAUCGCAACAUUCAGGAGCAGAAAUAGCAACACAGAAUGGUUCGGGAAGUUUAAGAGUCGACUGAGUCUCAACACCUCGUCUGGUGACUUGGAGAUCAGAGAUGUUCAGAGAGGGGAUGAACUGGUUUACUCUGUUCUCCUCACACACAGUCAGGGGGAGCAGCAGAUCAGUAAGGUACCGCUCACUGUGACAGAGCGUCUCGUUGAGCCUAGUGUUCAAAAGGUCUUCAGCGUUCUGAAGGACGGACACUGUGUGAUGGCUCUUCAGUGCUCCUCUUCGGUGAAGGACACCAGAUUUUCUUGGGAGCCAGAAGCUUCGUUUGACGGCUCCUUCUCGAGGGGGGGUCCCAACGCUAACGUCUCUGUUGUCUGGGCGUCUUACAGCCCCAACAGAAAUGUCAUCUUCAUCUGUACUGCCAGCAACGGGCUCACUAACGCCUCUAAGGUUGUGAGGGAGAUAUGCCAAGAUGAACAGCCAAAGCCUGACAUGGUGGUGGAGGGGGAGAACCGCGUCCCCGGGAUCAUAAAAUUGCUCUUAGGAUUUCUGUUCGGAUGUCUUUUAACAUAUAUUUUCAGAGAGUCCCUCACAUGCUUAUCAAUCAGGUUCAACAAGAGUCGAAGCAUCAACAAGUUGUGUACUACACAUUCGGGAGUUGAAAAAAACUCCAGCCUACCUAUAGAGAGGAGUUGAACAUCGGAGCUGUCAAACCAAAACUCCAGCCUACCUAUAGAGAGGAGUUGAACAUCGGAGCUGUCAAACCAAAACUCCAGCCUACCUAUAGAGAGGAGUUGAACAUAGGAGCUGUCAAACCAAAACUCCAGCCUACCUAUAGAGUGGAGUUGAACAUCGGAGCUGUCAAACCAAAACUCUAGCCUACCUAUAGAGAGGAGUUGAACAUCGUAGCCGUCAAACCAAAACUCCAGCCUACCUAUAGAGAGGAGUUGAACAUCGAAGCCGUCAAACCAAAACUCCAGCCUCUGUCACAUGAUCUCAGUAUAUGCAACUUUUCAGGAAAGUUAGGAACCAAUAUGCACAGGCAGUUAGGAAAACAAAGGCUAGCUUUUUCAGAAUUUUUUUU